AGAGCAGAGGCAGCGCGCGGGAGCGCGCCACAGGCCACUCGGUCAGUUUAUCCAACAAGUGCACGUUUCACUCUCCGGGGCCGGUCAACAGUUUUUAUUUACCAUUGAAAUGACAGUAACGCAUGCAAGUUGCACUCAAAGGACUGCAGGAAGAAAUCGGAGGGGCGUGUUGACAUAAACCUUAUUUGUUUAUUGACUAAACGCAACAACUUUGAGGAAUGAUUGAAAAUGGCGAUGUGUUUGUUAAAACGUUUGCGGCGCCCUAGUCGUUAGCUGUUAUCAAAAUAGAUUGUUAUUUGUUGUUGUUAUUCAGGUUAAACAGCACUAAUCAUUAGUAAACCAUAAGGAAUAGUGCGUGUGUUGGCGAAGAAAUUUGACAGUUUGAAAAGUAAUGGAAAAUGACGAACCCGAAUCACCGGACCCGAGCCUUGCCAACACUCAGAGUAAACGAGGAACGCCAGGUCCCAAGAAAUCCCAUUUGACUCAGAUAGAGGUGAUCCCAUGUAAAAUCUGUGGAGAUAAGUCAUCAGGUGUUCAUUAUGGAGUUAUAACUUGUGAAGGCUGCAAGGGUUUCUUUCGCAGAAGUCAGUCAUCCAGUGUGCAAUACUCCUGCUCCAGACAGAGUAACUGCCCCAUCGACCGCGCCAGCCGCAACCGCUGCCAGAGCUGCCGACUCAAGAAAUGUGUCGCUCAGGGCAUGAGCCGUGACGCUGUAAAGUUUGGCCGCAUGUCCAAGCGUCAAAGAGACUCGCUGUUUGCAGAAGUUGAGAGACACAGACAGCAACAACGUCUUCAGGCCACCUCCGUUCAAGAGUCUCAACAUCUCCAAGCCUACCGGCCCGGCAAAGAGCACAGAGAACAGUCAUCGCAUCUCAUUCCGUCUCACCCCUCGGGCUACCCAUAUUCUGUCGAGCCAGAACUGCCAGGCUGCCCAGCAUCCUUACCUUACCUGGAUUGUCGUGUGAGCGAGGCCCAGGUUCAGGGUCUGGCCUAUAGAGUCUCCCCACACAGGAGGGUGGAGAGCAUUAACUUAACAGCUGAGAGAGGGUUUGACUCCACGAGAUCUACACCGGAAGCCAUCUUGAACGUGCCAAGCAGUGAAAUGGGAUUUCGACCUUUUGACCCGGAGACCUCGUUCUUUUCCUACCCGACCUCUCUGCACAUAGAUGAGCUCUGUGCGAGUAUUGUACGUUCCCACAGAGAGACGACUCAGUACCGUCCGGAGGAGCUGCAGGCUCUCAGAUGGAAGGUUUUUAGCAGAGAGGAGAUCCAUGCUCACCAGAGCAAGUCCAUGGAUGAGAUGUGGCAACAUUGUGCGGUGCGAUUGACAGAUGCCGUUCAGUAUGUGGUGGAAUUUGCCAAGCGUAUCCCAGGUUUUCGUCAGCUCUGUCAGAAUGAUCAAAUCGCUUUGCUUAAGAGUGGAUCUAUGGAAGUGGUUUUGGUGCGGAUGAGUCGGAUGUUUAAUACAGAAAACAACAUGGUAUUCUUCGAUGGAAAAUUUGCCGGAACAGAACUUUUCAAAUCUCUCGCUUGUAAUGAUCUAAUAGCGGCUGUGUUUGACUUUGCUCACAAUCUUUGUAUGCUGAGACUGACAGAACAGCAGAUGGCAGUGUUUAGCGCUCUGGUCCUCCUCAAUGCAGAUCGGCCGGCUCUGGAAAACAGAGAGAAAGUGCAGAGAGCACGGAGAGAUGUGGAACUUGCUCUCAGUCAAAUCUUGCACAGGGACAAUCAAGAAACUUUGCUGCAUAAGCUGUAUCAGAGGUUGCCGCUUCUGAAGUCUCUCUGCAUGCUGCAUAUUGAGAAACUGCGAUGGUUCCGUCAACUUUUCCCGCUCACUGUACAUUCCCUCUUCCCUCCGCUAUACAAAGAGCUGUUCGGCUCUGACACAGACAUCCAGGCGCUCGCCACACACUGACACACAUUUGUUUGGUCGCUGUUUGAAAUGAUCAAUUACAAAUGACAUAUGCAAUCAGGGUCUAUAUGUUCUAUUAACCUGCUGAAGAAGACAUAUAAGAAUAUAUUUUUGUUACUCUCACAAGAACACAAAAUGAGGUUAAGUAUGCAGUCUGAGUGUGAAUUAUAUUUCCACAAAUGUUCUUUUCAAUUAUGGUAAUGCUUUUGGUGCGAGCAUUUAAUUUAAGGGGGCAUCCUAAAGUAUUUUUUGUCUGAGGAUAUAUUUGAACGUUUUGUCUUGAUCCUGGUUUGUAUAAUGCCAUAACUGCUAUAAUUAGUAGAAUGUGGUUGAUAGUGCUGAUGAACCUUUUAUUGCUGUUGAAACGGAUUAUAAAGGAUAUCAGGCAUUCGUUUUUUUAUUCAAAGGCAUUGAAGAUGGAGACUUAAUACAAUUAUUGCAUUAACUUAAAUAUGGUCAGCUAUUUUGACACAUCCACAAUCCCAGUGAGGCUUGUUCUGGCACAUGUAAUCCUUAUCUGUCAUUAAUACCACUUGGAUCUCAGAAGAACCUGUUUUUCCAUGUUCUCCAUCUCACCAUUCCCUUCAGAGAGUUUAAGCUACAUGUGUGUUUCUUGUAUAACUUAAAUUGGGUGAUUCACACCUGAAGUGUGAGUAAUAUCCAUUUCAACAUCCAUAUGCAUUCAAAGUCAAGUCAAACGUUUUAAUUGGAAAGUUAAAUAUUUGGCAAUGUUUAUGCUAAAGGUUCUAAAAAUCUAUAAUGUUAGUAGCCUAUACAUUUUGCUAUUUAGAGAAUUAGAUUGACAACUGCAUUUUGUCUUAAUGCAUUUCAUCUACUUUGUAAAAAUCUUUAAACAAUUUUCCAAAUGUUUGUUUGCAGGAGUUUUUGAAGUCCCUUUGCAUUUUUCUUUUAAAGUUCCAGGGAGCUUUCUGCUAUGGUGUUAGCUUUAAUUUAUCACAUAUGGUUUACAAAACUAUUAUUGUUUUGAAGUAAAAUUCCCUGUUAUGUUUUGUGUUGUGAUGUUUUGCAGAAGAGGCCUCAAAUAAAACCUGAAAAACAUAAA